UAAAAAAAAAAAAAAAAAAUCCUCUUUAUCCUUUAAGGCCCAGUUAAAGAUCCACAACUCCCUUGGUUGUCUUGGUUACUUCAACUCAGAGGGAAAUCUGAAUCCUACACCAACAGUGUACCAUUCAUUGGUACACUGCUAUCUAACUUCUCAUAUUACGUUUUAUUACAUUACUGUUAUGUUAUAUUAUGUUACAUUAUAUACUAUUCUCUAUCUCACAGUUUAACUUUCCUGAUUGGGGAUGAGAUGGGAAGAUAAGUCUUAUCUCUCUUUCAAAACUAUUAAGUAUCCUGAGUAUCAUAUGUUUUCUGUAUUUUCUUCAUAGCCCACAACACUUCCUUGGACUAACACAAUCUGAACCUGGCAGGCCUUCUAGUCUGCUCUCAUGUCCAGUUCUGGGACAGGUCAAUACCCCAAAGAAUUGCCAAGAUCACAAACACUCUCCUAAGAAGCCAAUCAAAUGGGACUAAUUCACAGCCUCUUCAGUUGAGUAAUUUGAUAUUAUCGAUUCUAAAUAAGCAGAGGAAAAAUAUGCAGGGGUGAACUGUUUUAUAAUUGAAAUAAACUCAACGAAGAAAGAACAACACGAGAAAGGAAACAAGAAAGACAAAAAAGACACUUACCAACAAUGUAUCCAGGGCAUCUAUCAGCGUCAGAGAAAAACUGCAAGAGGACAAAAACCCCAUUGUUUCUUUUUCUAAUUUUUACUUAUUUUUUAAUAUUCUUUUUUUUUUUUUGAGUUUCAAAGGUUCUCCCUUCCUCUAAUCUAUCCUUUGCACAUUGAGAAAGCAGCAAUAUGAUACUUAUUAUCCACAUGAAGUAAUGUAACAUAUUUUCAUAUUAGCAAUGUUAUAAAUAAUAACAAAGUGGAGUAAAAAAUUUCAAUUUGCAGCAUCCAUCAAUUCUAUCUAGAGAAGUGGGUAGCAUUUUUCGACAUGAGUCCUUUGGAACUGUUGUAUCCACAACAUUCAUUGUAUUGAUCAGCGUACAUAAGUUUAUUUCACAGUUAACUAUCAUCACAAUAUUGCUCUUACUAUAUAUAAUGUUCUUCUGAUUCCUUCAUCCACUUCAUAUGUCUUCCCAUGUUUUUCUGAAACUAUCCUCUAUGUCAUUUCUUAUAAUAUGAUGGUAUUCAUUUAUGAUCAUAUACCACAACUUGUUCAAGAAAACCCUGACUGAUGGACACCCUCUCAAUUUCCAAUUAUUGCCACCAAAAAAAAGUUACUAUAAAUGUUUUUGUACAUUCGGUCCUUUUCCUUUGAUCUCUUUGGGGUAUAAACCUAGUAGUAGUACUAUUGGGUCAAAAGGGAAGUUCCAAAUUAUUCUACAAAAUGGCUGAACCAAUUCACAACUCCAACAAUGCAUUAGUGUACCUAUUUUUCCAUAUCCUCUCCAGCAUCGGUCAUUUUCUUUUCCUGUCAUGUCAGCCAAUCUGAUAGGUAUUAGAUGGUAUUUCCGAAAUGAUUUAAAUAUUCAUUUUUCCAAUUAUUAGUGAUUUAGAGCAUUUUUUCCCCAAAUGACUACUUGAUAUCUUCUUCUGACAUUCAUAUCCUUUUUAUUCAUAUCCUUUGACCAUAUUGGAGAAUUGCAAUUGGAGAAUGGCUCCUAUUUUUAUGAAUUUGGUUAAGUUUCCUAUAUAUUUGAGAAAUGAAGCAUUUCUCUAUUCUUUUUUAUUAGGAUCCUUUAAAAAAUGUAGGGAGUCUCUCUGGGCUUCAGCUACUCUAACUCAGUCCCCAUCUGUGCAGAUUUAAAGCCUUCCCUCUCACAAAAUCUGCUUUCUGGAAGUAAUUCUACAGUUGAGUGAUUCAAAUCCUAAGAAAAUAGAGGUGCCUGGAAUAAAUGCUGAGCACAGGGUGUUAAAGAUAAAUAGAACAGGCCAAAAAGAGAAAAGGGCCAAUGGAAAGCAAAACAAAUAUCAGAAAAGACAGGAUAUUUCCAUAAACAUAUACUGUCUCCUAAAUCAAUUCUGGCAACUGAUUCCUCUGUAAUUUGUCCAACAUAUCUCAGGCCAGAAUCGCUCUUUACAACACUUACUGUUAUGCCUCCUCUCAGUCCACCCCACAAUAGUAGAAGCUCAUUCUUAACUCUGCUCACAAAAUUAUUAUUAUUAUACUAUAUUACCUUCACAACUUCAUCUUUCCUUUCUUCUUCAUCCUUUCCCCAUGCAAAUCACACCAAUCAUUCUCAUAUCUCAAAUCCUUCUCAGACACUGCAACUAACAUUCAUCACUGCUUUCCUUGACUGCAAGUAGAAAGGUUGACUGUAUAUCUCAUAAACUUUGAUAUUUGGUUCUACUGACUAACCACUUUUAAAUCUGAACUACUAAUGAAUCACGUUUCUAAAGCACUUUAAUGUGUAUUCUAAAUAUUCUAAACCACUCAGUGAGAUACGCAGGGAAGUUUUAAAAAAUGACAAAACAGAUGUGGAAAUUGAAGUUCAAAAGAAAUUAAAUGACUGGAUCAAGAUCACAGCAUGGAUACCGAUUUUACAUGAAACUCAGAUUUCUUGUCUACAAGACAAAUUUUCUAUUAUAUUAGCCCUAACAUGGCCUCGAAGAGCAUCACUUUACCAUAGAUUGUGCCUCCCUGGGUCAUUUAGGACUCCAAUUUGUCACUGAAAUUGUUUUGCUCUCUUCUGGGGGCCUCAGCUUCCCCAUCCCUCCCAUUCCCUCCUACAAUGAGAGUAAAAGGUUUAUUUUCUAACUGCUCUACAGUUCGGACACCGAGUGACUCAGUGCUGGGCUUAGAAUAGCCAGUCCUGUUUUGAAUCCCCGCCCCAAAUAGCUCAGCUCCGCUAGCCAAGAAUUCUUCCGGACUCGGUCCUACAGAUCAGAGGGACUCAAGCUUAUCUCCUGCUAUCCAAUCAAGUCAGCAGCCCGCUUAACCCUUGCCUUUCGGCCCUACCUUCCCCAGGUGUCUUGCCCGUCGCAGGCAGCUUCCACAAGAUCCCUAGCCCACCUGAGCAGAGUAAGGAAAAAGCUCUUCGUCCAGCUCCAGGGAAAUGUUCCUACUUUUGUCGCUCUUCGGCUGGGUGUUCUGUUGCCAGGGAGCAAUGGAAGGUUCUGAGAGCUUCCUCAUCCUCCAGAUUUCUCACUUCUUGGACCCAUUCUCAGUACAGUUCUGGGGCAAUGCCUCUCUAGGAGGAUUGACCACCCACACUCUGGAGGGCAGCAAUCACAACAUUACCAUCCAGCAGCUGAAGCCUCUGGAGUCCCCUGGGGACUGGCAGCAGACUAAGGAGCACCUGUUAACGUACCUUAGUGAAUUCCAAGCUUUAGUACAACUGGUAAACAAGGAACGAAGAGUGACUUUCCCACUGACCCUGCGCUGCUCUCUGGGCUGUGAGUUGCCCCCUGAUAGCCAAGAUGCCCACGUCUUCUUUGAGGUGGCCCUGAAUGGGAGCUCCUUUGUGAGCUUCCAACCAGAGAAGGCCCUGUGGUCCGCAUGCCCAGACCAGGGCCACCCCCCAGAGCUGUACAACUUCGCCCUGAAGCAGCUAAACAACUAUAACCGAACCAGGUUCGAGCUUCUGGAAUUCUUACAGGACAGAUGUGUGGGUUUUCUGAAACAGCACAUGGACAGGGUCUCAGGACCAGUGUCCCAGGUUCCUCGAUCCUACACAAUGCUGAUCCUGGGCAUCAUCAUGGGUGUCUUCACUAUCUCCAGUGUGGCUGUUGGCAUCUUCCUGUGCACAGGGGGAAGGUGGAGUUAAUCUUACUCCUUGCUCCAAAGCAGGGCUGGUCAUCCCAGUUCAGAAAACCAUCUGAGACCGUGGCUCUUUGGAUCCAAGAAGCAGUGGUGGACAUUGUUCUCCUCUGGCUCCCUUGCUCUUCCACCAUAGAUUUUGGCCUCAGGAACUCUGUGGAUGUUUCAGUUGAGGUUCCUGCCCUAAGAGAGAUGUAGCACCAUUGGUGUAUCUAAGAACAACAACAUUAAAACAGACCCCCAACAUGAUAAAUAGUUGGGAUCCUGGAGGUAUACAGUUUAAGAAGGGUAAGGUCAUAGCCUUUAGAACUUAAGCAAACUUAGAGAUUACCUAGUCCUCAUUUUACAGAUGAAGAAAUGGAGGUCCUUAGAGAUUUAAGAAAUUUGCCCAAGCUCAAAAAGACAGUAGGUACAAGAUAAAUGGGGUUCCAAACUUAAUGUUCUUUUUGCUAUCCCAUGAUAAGUCAUGGGAAUAAUAUGGUAAUAUUUCCUCUGAAGCAAGAGUGUAAUAAUGGAAUCAUGACAUCAAGAACCAUUAGAAUAAUCAAGAACCAUUAGAAUAAUUGUGGACCAAUGGAUUGAGAUUCCGGGCAGGAUUCACUUUUCAGGUAGAUGAGAUUUGAAAGGCUCCACCUGUCACAAUGACAGAACCCUACUACUAACUCCCCCCUCCCCAAGCUCCCAACAUGCAGUGACUUUGAAGGAACCAAUGGCCCCCUCCUAUAUCAGGGACAAGUGACAUCUAAACUUACCUCCUUUUCUCUUGGAAAAUUCUAUUAGAAGUUCCAUUUCUACCAGUUUCUACCAGGGGAUUAGAACAGAGAUUAGAAUACUCUUGAAAGGGAGAAAAUGAGUUCGUGUUUGGGAAGGGUGGGGGUCUCAAUCCCCCUACCAUCAUCACUGGGGAUCUGCAGCCUAGGAGAUUCAAAUCCUGGUUCUGCCACUGAUUUAUGUGAGCUGACUCCUCCAUUUCUCUGGUCCUUAGUUUUCUUAUGUGCAAAACAUGGAUAAUACUUGCUUUACCUACCUCACAGGGCUGUUGUGAGGAUUUUAUUAGAUGACAUUAUCUGUAAAAAUACUUAAUCAGA